AUGCGUAAUAACCUACAAAAUGAUCCAGCUGCCCAUGAGUUUUCAAAACGAUUGUUAGAAAUUGGUGAUGGUAAAAUACAAAUCGAAAGGACCAAUGGAUUGAUCGCUAUACCGAACAAUUUUUGUACUAUUGUGCAAUCGAUAGAUGAAUUGAUUGAAUGUGUUUUUCCGAAUAUUCUUCAGAAUUAUAUAAAUCAUGAUUGGUUGAGAGAACGCGCCAUUUUAACACCAAAGAACAUUCAUAUCAAUGCUAUUCAUUUUCAAAUUCAAGAGAAACUGCCAGGUGUAUUCACGACAUAUAAAUCAAUUGACAGUGCUAUGAAUCAAGAUGAGGCAUUGAACUUUCCAGUUAAAUUUUUAAAUACAUUGGAACCGACUGGUAUGCCACCGCACUGCUUAAAUCUGAAAGUUGGUUCUUUAAUUAUAUUAUUGCAAAAUAUUAAUCCACCAAAACUGUGUAAUAGCACCAGAUUGACAGUUAAAAAGUUGUUGCCAAAUUUGAUCGAAGCUACGAUCUUAACUAGUAAAUCUAAAGGUGAAGUUUGUUUGAUACCGCGUAUCCCUAUGAUUCAAACUGAUAUACCAUUCGGGUUCAAACGAUUACAAUAUCGUGUUCGUUUAUCAUUUGCGAUGUCCAUCAACAAGGCCCAAGGGCAAUCACUUCACGUUUGUGGUGUGAAUUUGGAAGAAUCAUGUUUUUCACACGGCUAA